UCUUCAUAAGUUUCGGCGAUGAUGGAAUGUUGUCCACCAUCCGGGCGCUGGAUACCAAUUAAGUCAAGUCGCGUCGCGUGGGGAAAAAUUAAUUGAUAUCGGUUAGAUGCGUGCAGUGACCUCAUCCGCCGCCGCAUCUCAUCUCAUCCCAUCAACCACUCACUCUCCCUAACCCACCCAACAAAGCGCCCUCUCACUCGAACCCCAUCCCAAUUCAUCGGGCAACUUCAUAAUGUCCCUCCUGCGGCUCGCCUUCAUACGGCAGCCUCCGCAAGCGAUACGAAUCCUCCCCACGCUACGCCAAUGCGCUCUCCGCCCAACCCUCCGGAAAUCUCUUCAGAACCAGCAAUGUAGCCUGAGACGGCCCUUUGCCUCCGCACCACCACCACCGCCGACCACCGGUCCCCGGGCCACCGUCACCACGCCACCGAACCCGACCUCGGCCGGCGCCGGAGGCUCUGCCGGUCGGGCCGGGAACCCACAACUGCCUGAGCGACUUCUCAUCUACCACGCCGGCACCGGCCGGACGGCCUUUUUGGCCUUUUGGAAGAUCACCACCGUCUUCUCAUGCGUCUUCUUCUGCUUCGUAGCUGCCCCUAGCUACGUCCGCGCCGAAGACAGGACGCUCAUCGAGGCAGCGGGAUUGGCCGCCUGCGGCAUAAUCCCCUUCCUCUUCAUAUCCUACACCUCAGCCCCCUUCGUAACCUUCAUCUACCUCCGCCUUCCCCCUUACGCGCGCCAAUCCCGCGCCCUCCUAGAACGCUAUGUCCGCACCCUCCCGCCCACGGCCCAGCUCGAGAUCGGCACAAUGGGCCUCGUCACCCGUCCCCGGCUCACGGCCGUCACGGCCGCCGAGCUCCGCCCCGUGGCCGCGGACAGCGGUCCCUUGGCCACGCGCCUCGGCAUCGUCACGCAUACCAAGGACGUCUCGGCGCUGAUGGCGAAGCGGAGGUGGUAUCACUAUCGUCCUGUUGGCCAGUUUGGUAUCAAUACGGGCGUUGAGGCCAGCGGAAAGAAGAGCGGCGGCAAGGGCGCUAGUUACGGCGUCAAGGAUGGAUGGGUGUGGAAUAUUGUGCGCGAGUCGCUGGGUAAGCGCAAGUGAAGGGCGAAAGAGGGCACAUUUUGCCAAGCGUGUUCCACCAUGUAUUCGAGACUCUCAAGUCAGGGUGAGAGGGAUGCCGGUCAGGGAGGAGACGGCAGCACUGUACGAUUCAAGCAUGUUCAAGAGAAGGCGAAAGUGUAUCCGUACGUGUGUUCAGUACAUCGUUCGUUACGUUGGCUAGAGGUGGUAUGAGGAGGAGCUCUUUACGAGUGAGAGGGC